AAAUGCUUCUAAAUCUGUAGGUUAUAUUCAAGAGGCUCAGGAUAAAAUCAAACAUAGAAAUAAGAUCAUAAGAAUUGCAGAUAGCUCUUCACUUGGCUGGCCUGUUGUCGCUGAAUAUGAGAAAAAUGAUAUUGCCAGCGACAGUGAUGACGAUAAAAAGAUCCGCCGUGCAGAGGACCGAGCUCGUUCCAAGAUUGAGAGGGCAAAGAAAGCUAGGGAGAGUUCUGGCUUCAAUCAAGAUAAUAGUUCUUUUCGCAGCGUCCGUAACGCUAAAGCAUUCAGUUCCGGAAGAUCUUCCAUGGAGAACCAGCGCAGGUACCAGCGGGAUGUCGUCGUCUGCUAUUCUUGCGGAGAGGAGGGUCACUUCGCUAACGGAUGUCCGGACGUCUGGCGUCGAAAGCUUCGAUCCAUGGCUCCAGGAACUGUCCCCACAGCCACCGUUGGGUAUGCAGCCGCUCAGAACGCAGCACGCCCGAAGUCUGAACAAGGAAGCGCUUCCGUCGGAAAACAGUGAUUUACAAUCAUUGUUUAAAACUAAAGUUUGGCAAGAGGCUAAAGAGCAAGCAGAGUUAUCUUCUCUUGGACUGUUCUCAGAGCUUAAGGAAGUGUGUUUACGAGGAAAAGAAAUAUCAACAAACAAGAAUUAUGCUUUGGCUUUUAAACAUUUUAAUGUUAAAUAAAGGUGGUGAUGAUGGUUAUGGAAUUGGAUGACAUUUACUACUGUAUAUGGCGGCCGUAGGCUGUAAUAUUUCUGGCGGCCGUAGGCUGUAAUAUUUCUGGCGGCCGUAGGCUGUAAUAUUUCUGGCGGCCGUAGGCUGCAAUAUUUCUGGCGGCCGUAGGCUGCGAUUUAUUUAUGGCGGCCGUAGGCUGCAGAAUUCUUUGGCGGCCGUAGGCUGUGUUUUUUAGGCAAUUUGCCGCAAGUCAACGGAUAGUAUAUUUUGAUUAACAACGGACUUAAUGCAUAGGCUUUAUGCUUUUCUGGAGAGAAACUUGUUACAUAAUAUCAAAUCUAUGCUGCAAAAUUAGAAUUUUCAGGUUUGAACUGGGUUUCUAUUGGAUUUACGCAGAUGCCCGACUUAUUAUUCGCAGCUGUUUUCAUAUAAGUAUUUUCAAAUUUUAUUUCUUACAAAUUGUUCAAAAUAAUAAUUCAUUUAAAUUCUUUCUUUGUUUUUUCGCUAUAAUUAUGCUACCAAUAAUAAGCCAUAAUCCUACUUGUGUCUUGUUUUGUAUUAAUUAUAUAUUCAGUGUAAAGAAUGUAUUAAGGUUUUAUCACUGUUAAGGAUAUUUACAGUUUGACGACUUUGAUAAGGAAAUAAUUGUUUUACUCGCGUUCCAAGGGAGUAAAUAUAAUUAUUUUCGUUUCAAAGUCGGUAAAAUGUCGUCUGCUUAUGUUUUGCAUAUUCAUACAGCGUAUGAAUAUUGGCGGGAAAAUGCUCGUUUUUCUCGUGCUGGGUAUAAAAGUACAACUCGGCGUGCUUUAGGCCAUUCGAGGCUUUUACAUUGGUAGCGAAAGAUAUCUGUUUAGAAUGUCCGACCCACCCACCCACCCAAUUCAUCUUAAUUAGAACAGCUUAUAACUAACUUUUUGUUUCAAUGUAUAUAUAGAUCGGAUUUGUUAAAGUUUUAAUAAUAAGUUUUUCGUUUCAGUUUUUCUUUAUCCGAUGUUUUCCGAGAGAUAGAUGUGGUUUUCGUCAUUUUCUGGUAUUCGAUGUUUUUUAUUUUUUUGUGCAUAUAGAGCUGAUUCUCCAGUUCGACGAAUGCUUUUAGUCCAUGAUAGCGACGAAGUAUUACAGACGUCAGGCGAUAUAUCUUGAUUUUGAAAUGAAUUGUCGAUAUAAUUAUGCUACCAAUAAUAAGCCAUAAUCCUA